UUGUUUGGCUACCUAUCUGACAGGUAAGUUAGACAGUAUUUAGGAAACUUUACCGAAAAGGUGUUUUGCGUCUACCACAUAAUGAUACUCUCAACCAAAUUCAUCAAAGUAAAUAUUUCUGGCCGUCUGUAGAUGAGCUUGGAAAAGGUAGCAUGACAUAACUAAAAUUGUUUUUUUUCUAUUCUUUUUAUUUUUUUAUUAUCUAGAAGAAAUAAAAAUAUGCUUUGGACUCGUCAGCAACAUGAAAUAGCUAGACAUCGAAAAAUUCAGACACACUGUACAGACAGUGUAAGUAUGUUUUGAAUUUUUCUAAGGAGGUUCAAUCUCAAAACAUUAAGUAGGUAACUUAUUAUACAUUUUUGGACCCUAAGUACAGGGCGACUUCUUACCCUUUAAGUUUAAGGGUACAUAUAGAUCGUGCCUAGUACAAACAUUAUGUACAUCCAUCUUCAACGUGAAGUUAAACGUACUCGUACUUGUCUCUUUAUACGUAUAUUACUUGAAUGAAUAAUUUUAAUAGCCUAUUACUUAAAAAUAUGUAUUUAUGGUUAUAAAACAUUUUAUGUUUCAUUAAUUACAGUCAUUCAGUGCUUUCAGCAAACAUUACAAUUAGUCUCAGUUGUAUAAAUCAUUAGCCUGAAAGCUUUUUAAGCGUUUAAUAACUUCGCAGUGCCUUUAUAUAUGAUUCCGCGAAUUACAUAUUGGGAAUAUCCGGUAGACGUCAGAUUUAAUUUACUAUCUAAAGAAAUAUUUGCUCAAGGUGUUGUUGGAAAUGUAUAUGAGGUGCCCGAAGAUUUGAGAUCCCAGCAAAGCGCGUCCCUUAACACGAGUGGACAUAUCUGACCCUGAAAUAGGGGCUAUGUCAUUUCAAAAGAAGAAAGUUCUCCCAAAAAGCCUCCUCAUGUGAUGCUGUAAUUGAAGUAUGCUGGUUUCGUCUAUAUAGUGCUGAAUAUUUUUGGAUAUCCAUUCAAUUAAGGAUCAUAUUUAUAAACGUUACUUGAGGUUUGACUGCAGUUUGAGGUAUGAUCUUUCCUUGGAUCUUAAACGCUUUCUUGAGGAACGGUAUAAAGAAGAAAAACAUUUGCUUUUCACAAAAGGCUGUACAACUGUCAUCAGGAGACGUCUUUGAUGUCAGAAAGACUUUUAUUUGGUGGCCGCAUUUUUUUAGCGAUUUGAUAAUAAAAACCCCGUAAAUAAGUAGAGGACCCCCAAAAAAUGAUUCCAUAUUUUGUCCUAGAAAAAACUUGUGGAUAAUAAAAUGACAAAAGCUCAUUCCUGUUACAUAAACAUUUUAGUCUUUAUAAAGCAAAGCAUGCCGAAGACACAAAGUUUUAUAUGCAUUUACCAAUUCAGAUGAUCGCUGAUUCAAAGUCUAAGGAAUUUUGUAUCAUCAACCUGCUCACUAGAAUUUUGAGUAAGUAAGCAUCGUUGCUUCCUCUGUUCAGAAAAUUCAUGAAUACAGACUUUUGUGGAUUUAUAAUAAGCUUAGAAGAGAACCAGUCAAUAAAAUUACCAAUUACCUGCCGCAUUUCCGAGAUACAUUGUUCGAUUGAAGACUGAUAACACAAAUAUGAAUUAUCGUCAGCAUAUAUUGUGAGGUUUAUUUUCUUGAGGCAUAACCUGAGGUAGAUCGUUAAUAUAUACAGGGUGUCCUGAAAGUUGGGAAGUUCCUUUUAAGAAACAACUAAGUUUGGAGUAAUAGCUUUACGGUAAAAGAGCACCGAAAGCGUAAAAAAGAAAUUGAGGAAAAUGACUCACUAUCCAUUUGAUCAGUAAUUUCAAGUAAGUGUUUGUAAAUAGUGUUCAAUUCAAAUCAUGAGCUUGUUUACCUCUUUCUAUAUUUGCAACGUUUGGGGCCGUCUAGAUCUUCUACUGUGUUCAAGCAGAAGUCUUUUGUACGAUAUAAACAAAUAUAUGGAAGCUCUGAUGGAAAGAAACAUCGAGGAUGAUGGCGCCGUUAUGAGUACACUCGCGAAGUAUUAACAGGGUCUUGAAGAUACUCAUAUCAAAUCGAUAACUACGUUUUUGCUCUAGGAAUGUGCCAAUGUCGGUUUUUCCAAUCCGACUUGUUUAUAAACUUGGGUAACCUAGACACCGCGUGGCGCCUGUUUUGGAUACUGAUUCACAUAGUACCACAAAAUGUCGUAUCUUAUCAUGGAGGAGGAGGAGGAAAGUGAGGCAGGUUACGACUGGCCCAUUUAGUUUUCUGAACUCAAUAUCUCGAUUAUUUUAAGACUUUGGUAUAUGUGUUACUAAAAAACUUGCUCUGUAGACAAAAUACCCAACUUUGAGGACAUCUUAUAUAAGAAAAAUUAGAGGACCCAAAAUUGACCCUUGAGUAACAUCAAUACUGAUUUCUACUACAUAUAAUCUCUGCAGAUUUGGCCGAAGAAAUCCUUUGGUUCUGGCUGUAGUACUGCAAGCUGGGUCUGGAAUGGCAGCUGCUUUUUCACCAUGGUUCUUUGGAUUCUUGGUGAUGAGAUUCUUAUCAGCUCUUGCUACUGGUGGCACCAUGAUCACCAGUUUCGUUCUGGUCAUGGAAAUUGUAGGAACUGAAUGGAGAACAGUUUUGGGUAUACUUUACCAGAUACCAUUCAACUUGGGACAUCUUCUAUUACCAGUUAUAGGGUAUUAUCUUCGAGAUUGGCGCCAUUUCCAAAUAGCUAUCUCAGCGCCCUCUAUAUUUCUCGUGGUCUACUAUUGGAUCCUUCCCGAGUCGCCAAGAUGGGAGUUGGCUGUGGGACGAAAAGAAAAUGCAAUCAACACGUUGCAAAAAGCUGCAAAAUGCAACAAAAUGCCCACGGAUAAGAUCGCAACAGACGUCGAUUUCUACCUGCAAACUAAAGAUAUCAAUAAGGUAGAGCAAAGCAAAGGCAAUAUUUUGGAUCUCGUGAGAACCCCGAUCAUCAGAAUGUAUACCAUCGCGAUCUGCUUCAACUGGCUUGUCUGCGGACUUUGCUUCUUCGGAGUGUCACAGUUCAUUGGUCAGCUGGGAGGAAACAUCUUCAUCAACGUUGCUUUGUCAGCGGUGAUACAAGUACCAAGUACGAUCUUCGCGUGUUGGGCAACGAAAGCAUGGGGAAGAAAGAAGACGUUGAUUGUUGCUAAUAUUUUGGCAGGAGUUUCGAUUUUACUUAUAGGUUUUGUUCCAUCUGACCCAGCCUGGAUAAAGUCGACCCUGUCCACAAUAGGAAUGUUCGGUCUCGCACUGGCUUUUCCAACAGUCUACAUAUACUCAGGAGAGCUGUUCCCAACCGUUUUGAGGAACAUAGGUGUAGGAACGUCAUCCAUGUGCGCUAGAAUAGGUUCAAUGGUGGCACCAUUUGUUGCCUCGUUGGCAACUGUGCAGUUCUGGAUUCCUCCGGUACGAUAAUUUUCUUUUUCACAAGGGUACGAAUUUGAACAAAAUUGCUUGAAGCUUUUCAAAAUGACCGCAUAUUUCCAGUGCUUUAAAAUCUGUGUAGAAAUAGAAGAAUCACUUAUAAAGCACGAUUUGUAGCGAAAAAUGCGAUAGAGGGCUGACUCAAAAAUAGGGUCCCUAACGCUGUGUCUUUCCCGCGGGUGAUGCAAAAGUAGAUUUCACGUCUAAAAAAUGCUUAGAAAAAAAUGGUGACUACGGAAAAAAUAGCUUAUAGAUCAACGUUUCCAAUAGUAUAUUCGUUUUUACAAAUAAAAAAUUCCUUGUGUUCGAAAAAAAAUGUGGAAACCUUAUUUUUUGGAACAACCCUCGUAUAUCAUAAAAAGCUAUGUCACUCAUUUCUGACUGCCUGUCCAUGAGAAGCACUGCUCGGAUUUUGAUGUAGUUUUCACACAAGGUUACUACUAUAUUAAGGACGAAAUAGCUUUGUAUUUUUUGAAAGUCCAGUGGUGGCGGAGCUGGGGGCAAAAAAACGACAAAAAUAAGGGUCACUGAAACUUUCGUGGUGUUUUUAGUACUUUUUGCAUUUGUACUAGGGAUAAAAGAGACCUCGAAAAGUUCCAAUGGUUACCGUCAGAAAAAAAUUGAGUCAAGUAGAUUGACACAGCUUUUCGACGCUAAUCUAUACCUAUCAAAAUUGUUACGUAUACGAAAAUUCGGAGUAUGGCUAGUAAUACGUGAGAAGAAAAUGCGAGAAAUACUUGAUUUCAUUUUUUUUUACUUUUUAAAAUUAUCUCUAGGACCUAAGUGAGCAUUUCUUGUCCGCUGUCACUGGAUCGAUUUUCAAUACCCACAACAAACCUUUUCGACAAUUUCUUUAAAAUAGCACCGAUAUUCUAAAGUGACAGAAAGCCUAAUGAUAAUAGGAUAAAUGGUGGAUAAACAGACUGCCACAAAUGAGUGACGUGGUUUUAUUUAUUCACCAAAUUUACGGGUGACCCCAUUUUUACAAAAUAAAACUACAAAAUGGGAAUAACACUUACAACAUACAAGGUCACACGACAUAAUUAUAAAAAUCACAAUUUAAAAGAUAAUUUUUAAAGCCUGAGAGUGUACAGGUAAAGAUAUCAAUAUCAGACUGAGCCCAAUUGAUAACGCGAAGUGGUCUAUCGAGUGGUGAGUGCUGACCAUAAUUUAUGGGAUGGAUAUAAUAUCCGAUAAACACAAUAGUCGCAUCCGAUUUACCCAUGAUCUCAAAUAAGCUUACCUUGCUUCAGUUUACUCAGUUUAUUGCACGUUUCUUCUACCAAAUCUCACAUUUAAAUGUAAUGAGAUUUCCUUCAUAACUGAGCUAGAAAUGAGAUUUGACAGCCUCAUGUCUGUUUGACUGUUUACUUGCAAAACGAAGGCAACAGUUAUCCCGAUUGUAAAAUUUAUUA